AUGGCAGACCAUCGCACAUACAAUGACAAUCGAUUGAUCCAGCUUUACAUGGGCAAAAUCACUCCACAAUGCCGCGAAGAUCGUGUAGAUCAUAUGUGGACUCAGCUUCUGCGCUAUUACUUCCAUAUAAACGACUUUUACGGCAUUGAACGCGAAGUUUAUACCACAGAAACCGGUCGUGGUCGCGUCGAUCUCGUGGUGACCGGCAUUCACCUAAGGGAGAUAUACAAGACAUUGUUCCUGGAAGCCAAACGCCCGCCUGCUCCGUCCCGAAAUAUUACUAGGAAUUCUUGGGACGCUGUGAAAUCCCAACUUCAAGCAAACAUUGACAGGUGGGCUGAUCGUGAUCUCAAUGUUCCAGUCUAUGGUAUGACGGCGGUUGGAUUGUAUGUAAAGUUUUAUGUUAUCCCCGCGCACCAAACUCAGCUCCAGCCUGUCAUGCUCACGGAUCGGCCCUAUUCGCUCCGCGAAGAGUCUUUACGAGUGGAUGCUAUACUUUCCAGCAUUAAGGAUUCUAUCAAGAGCUCUCUGCAAAUCCUGCCCCCGGCGGAUACUUGA